AUGUCUCUGAACCAGAUGCAAAUCAAGCAGGAGCUGCAGCUCCCCCCCGGUUUGGGUAAAACCACCCCAAAACAGAGCCCGGAGCAUCCCCAGAUCCCGGUGCCCGAGCCGCUCCCGGCAGCGGCGAAAUUCCCGGAAAAGGCGAUCCCAGAACCGGGAAAAGGAGAAACUGCCCUGCCCCAGGAGCAGCAAACCCAGAUCCCGGAGGGAUUCCCGAAUCCCGGACCUGCUCCGCGCCUGGAAGAGAAAUCCUGCCCGGAACCGACGCUGGAGAAGCAGGAGGAGAAGCAGCAGUGCCAGGAAAUCCCGGUGUCCAUCCCAGAAAAACAGGAGUGCAAGGAAAUCCCGGUGUCCAUCCCAGAAAAACAGGAGUGCAAGGAAAUCCCGGUGUCCAUCCCAGAAAAACAGGAGUGCAAAGAAAUCCCGGUUUCCAUCCCUGACCCUGUCCCGUGUGCCCAGGAAAAGCAGGAAUGCAAGGAAAUCCCGGUGUCCAUCCCCGACCCUGUCCCGUGUGCCCAGGAAAAGCAGGAAUGCAAGGAAAUCCCGGUGUCCAUCCCAGAAAAUCAGGAAAAGCAGGAAUGCAAGGAAAUCCCGGUGUCCAUCCCAGAAAAUCAGGAAUGCAAGGACACCCCUGUCCCCAUCCCAGUUUCAAUCCCUGAACCCACCCCGUGUGCCCAGGAAAAGCAGGAAUGCAAGGAAAUCCCAGUGUCAAUCCCAGAAAAACAGGAAAAGCAGGAAUGCAAGGAAAUCCCGGUGUCAAUCCCAGAAAAACAGGAAUGCAAGGAAAUCCCGGUGUCCAUCCCAGAAAAUCAAGAAAAGCAGGAAUGCAAGGAAAUCCCGAUCCCGGUGCCCAUCCCGGAGCAGCGCUCCCUUCCCGAGAAAUUCCCUCCCCUGGAGCAGCAGCUGGAGCAGCCCGGCCCGUGGCAGAAAUAG